AUGGUACAGAGGAUUAAUAACAUGAGGGAACUGAAAGAAUUGUUCAGCACUGCUGGAAACAGGCUUGUGGUGGUAGAGUUUUCAGCACCGUGGUGUGGCCCCUGCAAAAUAAUUGCUCCUGUUUUCCAGGCAAUGUCUUUAAAAUACCAAAAUGUCAUGUUUGCUCAGGUGGAUGUGGACUCAUCUAAGGAAUUGGCUGAAGAAUAUCACAUCAUAGUAGUGCCCACAUUCCAGAUGUUCAAGCACACCCGAAAGGUCACUCCAUUCUCAAGACUCAAAAGGACACUGUGCUGUCUCAGAAGUGAACCGAAGAGCAAGAAGAUUUUUGAAUUUCACGGAGCUGAUGUUGAGAAACUGGAAGAGAAGAUUCUAGAGCUAAUGUGA